UAAAAACUCCCUUUUUCCUUUUUUUAGUGUAGUUAUGAUCAAAAAGGUACCAAAGUUCCAAUCUUCAAAAUAUGUUUGGUUUGAUUUGAACACUUCUCCGAAAGAAUUGCGUCUCGAUACUUUACGAUGUGGACAAAGCUUUCGUUGGCAAUCUGUUCAAGAUCAUUGGGUAUGUACUUUGGGGGAACAACUCUAUUUAUUAAAGGAAUCCGCACAUAGUGUAUUUUAUGGUGUACCUGAAGACGAAGCCAAAAAUAGCAAGUUAGUGAAACAUAUGGAUCAAACGUUACGUGAUUAUUUUCAACUAGAACUUCUUUCAUUGGAAAAGGCUUAUGAACGGUGGAGUAGAUUGGAUACCAAUUUCAAGACGAAAGCCAUUCAUUUUCAAGGUAUACGUAUGCUUCGACAGGACCCUUGGGAAAAUUUGAUAUGUUUUAUAUGCUCUAGCAAUAAUAAUAUUACUCGAAUCAGUCAAAUGGUACACAAACUCUGUAUACACUUUGGAUCAAAGAUUGCAACAUUGGAUGAUACGGAUUAUUAUGGUUUCCCAACUUUGGCAUCAUUGGCAGAAGAAGGCACAGAAAGCAAAUUACGACAAUUAGGAUUUGGGUAUCGAGCCAAAUACAUAGCACAAACGGCUCAAAAGAUCAAAAAGGAACAUCCAGAACAACAAGAAGCCUGGGUUGCUGAUUUAAGAAAGUUAUCUUAUGAAGAAACCAAGCAAACUUUGAUCACUUUACCUGGUGUAGGUCCCAAGGUAGCUGAUUGUAUCUGCCUUAUGUCUAUGGAUCAUGCAGAAGCUAUUCCGGUGGAUACCCAUGUGUGGCAAAUAGCUGCAAGAGAUUAUGGAUUUGGAAACAAACAAAAUAAAACAUUGACGACAGUAUUAUAUAAUCAAAUUGGGGAUCAUUUCCGUACAUUAUUUGGUGAACAUAGUGGAUGGGCUCACUCUGUAUUAUUCUCUGCAGAGUUGAAAGGAUUUGAAAAACGGCUUGCAUUAGAUAGUAUAGAACAUAGUAUAGUGGAAACACCUGAUACCUUAGAUAGAAAAAAGCAACGAAUAAAAUAAUAUUUUGAUUGUCCCUCG